CCGAGUACCAGAAAAUACCGAAAUUCUCUUUUAAAUAUUCCUCCUCCUUUAUAAACCAUGAACCUGUCUUCCAGUUCAUCAUCAAGAAUUGGUCACAAAAAAAAAAAAGGUUUCUGUUCAUAUUCUCAUCAACGCUCCAGUCUCGAAUCUUUGUUUUUGACACCAAGUUUUUAAAAAUCCCCGCAAAAAACAAAAACAUGUCUCUCAUUCCAACAUUCCUUGGUGGAAACAAUGUCUUUGAUCCCUUUUGGGAUCCAUUCCAAGGCUUCCCCUUCAACAACAAUGCCAUUGUCAAUGCUCCUUCUUCUUCUUCGGCUCGUGAAACCUCUGCUUUCGUCAACUCCCGUGUCGACUGGAAGGAGACCCCUGAGGCUCACGUUUUCAAGGCCGACCUUCCCGGGCUGAGAAAGGAAGAGGUGAAAGUUGAAGUUGAAGAUGGCAGAGUGCUGCAGAUCAGUGGAGAGAGGAGCAAGGAACAAGAGGAGAAGAAUGACAAAUGGCAUCGGAUCGAGAGGAGCAGCGGGAAGUUUCUGCGUCGGUUUAGGCUGCCGGAGAAUGCCAAGAUGGAUCAAGUAAAGGCAAGCAUGGAGAAUGGGGUGCUAACUGUGACUGUUCCAAAGGAGGAGGAGAAGAAGCCUGAAGUUAAGGCAAUUGAGAUUUCUGGCUGAUUUUUAAAAGUUUCUUCAAACGCUCAAAUUGGUUUUUCCUACCAAGCAGUAAUGUAUAAUGUUUUAUGUUGAAUUUUGUUCGUGAAUGUGUGUCGAAAGUGUGUUGUAAGUGAUGUUCGAAUGUUUUUAAAAUGCAAUUAAACUAAACAAAUUUUAUAUUACACAUA